AUGCCGCAAACUAUAUCCAUGGUGCAACAGAUACACCCGCUUGGUGGAAUGGCGCAACCUCUCGUCGGGCAAAUCAACGCAAACCAAGCAGCGCAGAACGCUUCCAUAACACAGGCUCUUGUGGGGAGCGGUUUGGUCCAAACAUCGGUUGGAAUGCAACAGGCCCUCAACCACACCACGCCCUUGCAAACGUCUGGACUCACACUGGACGGAACUCCGCUGCUCACCUCGCCCCUCGUGCAGGUCUCACCGGCGAUAUUGCACCACGAGGUAUCGGCGAAUAGCCUAACCUCGCCCCAGUUGACCCUUCAGGCCCCAGGCACUGUUGGCCUCAUCGCGGCCCCCGUCCAAGGGUCCGUUCUGCCGCUGCAGCCCCAAACCACAAUAGUGGCCCAUGUUAAGAACGAGGAGGACAAAAGCCAGAUAGCCACACAGUGGAAAGUGAUACCACAGCGCAGCUUCGAGCCACUCUAUUCGCUGACAUCUAAAGCGCCGGUUGUGCAGCCGAUAACACCACAGGCGCUGGUGCAGGCCGAAACCACCUCUGAGGCGGUGGCUUCCGUGUCCUCGGGAUACACUGCUAGCAGCACAGUCGCCACCAUCGCCUCGUCGCUCACCACCACAGCAGCACCCGCUACGAAUGACUCCACCAUUUCCACCAGCACCUCCUUGAUUGGCGCAGUUGGAUCCAAUGAAGCGAAGUCGAGCCCACAAAAGCCGGAGUCCCAGAACUCGAACGAAGCGACCUCCACAUCUGUUGCGGCCGUUGCGUCCGUUGCCACAUCCACUCCUCCGGUUCCCAGCAGCGCGCAGCAGACCACGCCCGUUGCGCCUCAAGUGGUGACGACCGUCGCCUCGUCGUCGUCGGUUGCGACGACAACGGCCGCAACGGUGCCCCCUUCCGUCGGCACGGCGCCCCUCUUCAAGAGUUCGCAGUGCCCCCCGAGGCACAUUAGCCAGCAAACGGUGCACGACAAAGGGUUGCCGAAAGCAAUGGUGAAGCCCAACAUACUGACGCACGUGAUCGAAGGUUACGUCAUCCAGGAGGCCGCGGAGCCGUUUGCCGUGAAUCGCCCAGUCCGCGAGUGGGCCGCCGAUAAGGAUCAGGACAAGGAGAACAAACUUCCCUCGCCCGACGAACCGCCGCGCAAGAAGCAGAUGCUGGACCACGGCGGCAGCCAGUCCCGCAUCAGCUCGAGCGUGGUGGACCCGGGCGAGGCGGCCGCUCAUAGCGCCAAGGCAGACGCGGCUGGGGACUGCGCCCCCGACGACUCCGCCCAACCGAAGAUACCGAACGCCAACAAGUGGAGCGUGGCGGAGGUGUGCGACUUCAUCCGCAACAUCCCCGGCUGCGCUGGCUACGCGGACGAGUUCCUCAUGCAGGAGGUGGACGGGGAGGCGCUGCUGCUGAUCAGGCCCGAGCACCUGGUGAUGGCGCUCUCCAUGAAGCUGGGGCCGGCGCUCAAGAUCGUCGCCUGCAUAGACUCCCUGCGCCCGGAGAGCGAGCAGCCGGCGAACGACCACGAC